AUGUCGAUAGACCUGCCCAAAGUGGAGCUAACUCCAUUCGACGGGAACCCCAUCAACUAUUGGAGGUUUAUUAGAGAAUUUGACAAUUUCUUCGAGUGUCGGAUAGCCGAUCCGGGGCAGAAAUUCCUGUAUCUAAAGCGUUACUGCCACGGGAAGGCCCUUGACGCUAUUGAAGAAUGUGUAAUGCUGUCAAAUGAAAUUGGGUAUAGCCAGUCAAGGGACAUUCUGAAGGAACUGUUUGGCCAACCGUUUCCCGUGGCACGGACGCUCACAGACGGGGUGCUGACCGAGAUCCGUAAAGCUAGAAACGAGCCCGAAUCGUUGGUGAGACUGGUGAUGAAGAUGCAAAACUGUUUCAUUGCCCUGACUCAAUUGAAUUACGAAGCUGAUUUGAACGCACUACACACCCUAGAGGCAAUAGUACGAUGCCCGCCAGCUGACAUACAGCAGCGAUGGGCGGAGGAGGUGGUGAUUAUUGGCCGUUAA